UGACUGGAAUUUGCAUAAAAGAAUUCUUAAUUUUUAUAAAGUUUCCAAUCAUAUGGGUGAGACAAUUGGCCAAGUUAUUGAGAAUUGUUUGUUGGAGUGGGGGAUUGAUAAACUGUUGACUAUUACAUUAGACAAUGCAAGCUCUAAUAAUGUGACCAUUUCAUAUUUAAAGAAUGUGAUGAAAGAUUGGUCAACUAAUAUAUUGUCAAAUGAGCACUUGCAUGUUAGAUGUUGUGCACACAUUGUAAACCUCAUUGUGUGUGAUGGCUUGAAAGAGAUUAAUGAUUCAGUUGUUAAGAUUCGAAAUGCCAUUAGGUUUGUGAGAUCUUCACCGUCGAGGCAUCUUGCAUUUAAGAAGUGUGCUGAAAAGUUGCAUAUAGAGUGUAAGAAAUCAUUGUGUUUAGAUGUUGCAACUCGAUGGAAUUCAACUUAUCUUAUGCUAGAAGCUGCUGAAAAGUUUGAAAAGGUGUUUGUGAGGUUAGGUGAAAAAGAACUUAGGUAUAUGAGUUACUUUUUGGAGGUUGAUUCAAAGGGGAAUAGAAAAAACAUAGGGCCGCCUGGUUUGGAGGAUUGAGAAAAUGCAAGAACUUUGGUUAAGUUCUUAAAGAUCUUUUAUAUGGUUACAUUGAGAUUUUCUGGCUCAUUGCAUGUCACAUCAAAUUCUUUCUUCAAUGAAUUGAUUUACAUGCAUACAAACUUGUUGCAAUUGUGUAAAAAUAAAGAUAGUAUUUUAAUUGGAAUGGCAAUGAAGAUGAUGUUAAAGUUUGAGAAGUAUUGGGGUUGUGAAGGAAAUCAGAAUUUUUUAUUAUAUGUGGCUAAUGUCUUAGAUCCACGUUUUAAGUUGAAAUAUGUGAAAUUUUGUUUUGGUGAUUUGUAUGAUUAUGACAAAGCACAAUUGCUAACAAAUAAGGUGAAAGAUACUUUGAUGAGCUUGUAUGAGUUUUAUUUGAAAAUUGAUGAAGUGGUGGAUAAUAAUAGGCAUAAACAGGAUGUUAAUGCUAUUGAUGAUGUGGAGGUAGAUGUUAACACUUUGGCUCGAUUCAAAAGACAUUUGUUGGAGGUGGAUAGUGUGGAAAAUAAAAAUGAGGUUGAGAGGUAUUUGAUUGAAGGUUGUGAGGAUCCUAAUGAUGAUAAGUUAGAUAUUUUGGGUUGGUGGAAAAGUAAUGCUUUGAAAUAUAAGAUACUUUCAAAGGUUGCACAACAUGUUCUGGCUAUUCCUAUAUCCACAGUGGCUUCUGAAUCAGCAUUUAGCACAGGUGGUCGUGUACUUGAUCAAUUUCGAAGUUCUCUCUCUCCAGCAACUGUUCAAGCACUCAUUUGUUGUCAAAAUUGGUUGCAUCAUGGAUCAAUUCCAACUGAUAUUAGAAGCUUGAUAAAUGAUCUUGAAACCUACGAAAACCUUGAGUCAGAAUUUGGUGGAAAGUUACAUUUAGUAACGGAUGAUAAUUAG